AUGGCGCUGUGGAUUCUGGCCAAUGGCGAUCGCCUUGGUGCUCGAGGUCUCGGCUCGCUGGUGCUGCGGGCGCUGCGGGUGCUUGUGUGGAUGCGUUUGCCUAUUGCGCUGGCGCUUGGCGGUCUCCUCCUUCGAUGGCUGCGGCGGAUUCAGGUCACCAUCCGGGACUCCCUGGCGCUCAUGAACCUGCCAGAGACGGACCUGGACGAAGAGCUGAAGCAUAGUUUGCAAGCCACUGCGGCGUGUCCCCCCUGGGGCAGAGGGCUUCCGAUGGCGCCGCGUGCAGGGGAGUGGCGGCAAUAUCUCUUCGGCUACAAGGAUGCGUGGGAGAAUCUGUCGGAGAUCCGCGGGCUCCUUGGCGUCACGCGCCGGAAGAUGACGAAGCUGACGCUGGAGCAGCUGGCGGAGGGCGUUCGCCGAGUGCUGCUGACGAAGCAUCGCAAGCUCGUCCAAGUCACUGACCGGUACUGGAACCAGGAGCAAGCAACCACCAUCGCUGCCUCCCUGGUGGCAGAGUGUGGCCUCAACCCAGAGGCCCGAGGUGGCUUGGAAGAAUGCGUUGAGCCGGGAAUUGGGCGUCUUCCUUUCCCGACCCCCGGCUGGAUUUGGCGCACACAGCGCUGGACUCUCGCAGCCGCCAGGCACGUGUUUGUUGACGUCUGGCGCUGGACCCCGCGCUUCGUCGCGACGCCUUAUGGCCAGCUUCAUGUUUACGAUGCGGUCCCGGAGGGUGGCUCGGCCUUGCCGCCGCUGCUGCUUCUGCAUGGCAUGUUUGUCACCGGCUGGUCCAUGGCUUUGCUAGCGCAGCUUCUGCACCGAGGUGGGAGGCGAAUCCUCAUUCCGGACCUUUUUGACUUCGACCACGGACUGAGCCGCAGCUGCACCGAUGGAGGGCGCAAAGUUCGCCGCGUCACACAGGCGCUGGAGGCCGUCAUGUCCGUGAUUCAUGAGCUCCUCGAUGUUGACCAGGAGUUCGACAUCGCUGGGCACAGCUUCGGGGGCUACAUGGUCGCGAGGAUCGCCGUGACCUGCGAAAGACAGCAGCUACCACUGCGGAAGGUGGUUCUCCUUGGUCCGGGCGGCCCAGUGAUCGAUCCGCACCACAGCCCCAUGAGCGUCCGCUUCAUCAACGCGCCGCUGGAGACCGCGGAGGAGUUGAGGCCACCAUGGCUUCCGGCCAGCGUGGCGAACUUUGCCACCCUCUCCGCGCUGGGGGUCUUCCUGAGCCCCAACAACGUCAACACACUCUUCGGAUUGGACUAUGACGAGUAUCUCGGCCACCUAUGGCUGGGCACACGUCGGCCGACGCUGUUGCUGUGGGGUGAUGACGACACGGUCGCGAAGCCACGUGCUCUGCACACGCUCGGCCCCUUCCUGCGGGAGAAGUUCCCCGACCUCACGGCGUUUUGGGUCAAAGGUGGCGGCCACAAUAUCCAGUUCGACUCCGUGCUGGCUGUGGCAAGGGCGAUGCGGACCUUCCUCGAUCCUGAGGCCAGCGCCGAGGAGGGGCUGAUGGAGAAAAUGCUUUGGAUGACCAGCGCCAAGCUGUAUCCGAUGGAUCUGUCUCAGACACCCGGGCCUCGAAGCCAGGAUGCCACGGCUCGGCUGUGA